AUGGAAAUAUGGAAUAUGUCUUUGUUAAUAAAUAUACGAUUUGAAGCUAUAAUUUUGAUUAAAAUUGGUCAGAUUCCACCGCGAAAUACGCAUAAUAUUCAUUAUUCUCAUGAACGUCAACAAGCUGCACUGAAGUGUCGUAUUGAAGCCUCAGCAGCUACUGAACGUCGCCUCAAGGAAUUGCUCUUACAUCAGAAAGACGUGAAACAGGAACGUAAUAAACGUCCAUCAGAAGCCAAUAAUCCUAAAAGAUGA